GAGAGGCAUGGGUGGGCGUUGUGGCAGGUGAUGCCGUGGCUCUCCGGGCUGCGAUCGACUCUUCCUGAUCCGGAGACUUGGAGGAGGAAGGGGGAUCCCGGAUCUCUUUCUAUCACUAAUCCCGGCCAGUGGCGCAACGUCUCCCGAGCCAUGGAGUCCAAAGGGCUUCUUUGCCUUCCUGAUCGCCUGGCUUGCUAGCCCGCUUCCCGGGGACGAAGGGUGGGAUCGCUUCCAUUGAAAGGAGUUUCUUCCAAAUAUUCGGCCAGGACGAUGUGCGCCGCCGCCGCCGCCCCUCCUCAGCCCCCACGCGGGGUGCCUGCUUUCUGCCGGCGAGCUUGGGAGCCGGUCUUGGCCAAGGUGAAGCGAGCCGUGGUCUUCAUGGACUCGCCUUGCGCGGAAAGCCUUCACUGGGCGUGCGGUGGGGUCGAGGGGCUCCUGCAAGCCGGCGCCCUCAACGUCAAGGAGUUCUCCAGCUUUGAAUCCGGGCAGGCUGAGCAUCCCAAGGCCGUCUUCGUGGUCGGCACCGUCUUGAAAGGCCGGACCGUGGAUGUCAUCCGGGACAUCGUGACCCUCAGCAGCUUCCAGUACUGUGUGGUUUUCACCGGGGUCAGCCACACCGUGCACUUGCAAGCGUACAACACGCCGCCCGGCACCGAGACGGAAAGCUCUGGCCCGGUGGUCUUCGAACAAUUCGAAGAGAAGCUGUGCCAGUGGAUGGGCAACAUGAACUACACCGCCGAGGUGCACCACGCUGCUUUGUUUCUGGCCCCCCUCUUACCCCACCUCUUUGUGACGCCGUCCUUCUCCGCGCUUUUCCCUCUGACGGCGGAGGAUUUGGCGCAGAUCAACAGGGCCCGGCCGGAGAAGAAGAAAAUCAGCCACUUGAGUGACGUGGACUUCCUCUCCCUGCCUUCCGAGCUGCAGCUUGCCAUCCGAUCGCUGGUGUCCCAUCUCCAUAUCUUAUUAGAGUACUUGAGCAUUCGGGAAGAAUGUUUUGCCAUUGGACCGCUGAGCAAGAUUAUUGCGGGGGAUCUGGCCAAUUAUUCCCAGGCCAAGAUCAGGAGGAAAAAUGCACAAAAUAAAGCUUCUGUUGUUUUUGUGGAUCGGACAUUAGAUUUGACAGGAGCUGUCGGGCAUCAUGGCGACAACUUAGCAGAGAAGAUUCUCUCCAUACUUCCCAAGUUACCAGGUCAUGCAAAUGAUGUGAUGGUCAAUAUGAUGGAGCUCACAAGCCUGCACACCAAUGAGACAAGUUGCAAUAUUAUAGCUCCCGGCUGCUUGGCACAACCAACAGAACCAGCUGCGAGGACUCUGUGGGAGUCCUUAAUGAAUCUAAAACAGAAGGAAGGUUUGAUGGAAGUGAGAAGACACCUGGUGGAAGCCGCCAGCCGAGAGAACCUGCCAAUCAAGAUGAGCAUGGGGAGAGUCACCCCAGAACAGCUUCACUCGUAUAUCCAGCUCUUCAAAAAGAAAUUUGACGCUCUUGAAAACCACUGCGGGCUUUUGCAGAUCGCACUGGCUGUGGUGCAGACUCUAAAAGACCCCCAGAAUGCCAAAUGGGACAACUUUCUAGCCUUUGAACGGCUGUUUGUGCAGAAUAUUGGUGAGUCAACAUUAUUUAAUGCACUGAAGCAGCUGCUGCCUAUCAUCAAGCCUUACAGUAAUAGGACAGCUGAUGAUUACACUCCCGAAGAGUUACUUCUAUUAUUGGUGUAUAUUUACUCCAUAGUGGGAGAAGUCAAAACUGGGAAAGAAUUAAAUGAGGCUGAAAGUCAAGUGAAGGAGGCCUUUGUCCAAGCUAUUUGCGACGAACCUGAGCUACCCCCUUUGCUGCAGAAAAUAGUAGGUUGUGAGUCCUCCACCGAGGUUACAUUUCAAAAAGCCACGGCGGCAGUGAACGAGAUCUUUAAGAGCCUACGGGAUGUGAGCCGAGCUCGGACGCACAUGAAACAGUUUAAUUCUGUACAUAUCCCGGGAAGCCACAGCCAGCAGGCAUCUUAUAAGCCAUUGGUGAAGCAAGUGGUGGAAGAAAUUUACAACCCUGAUCGACCUGACCCCGUUGAUAUUGAACACAUGUCUUCUGGGCUGACCGAUCUUCUGAAAACAGGAUUCAGCAUGUUUAUGAAGGUGAGCCGACCCCACCCAAGUGAUCAUCCUAUACUGGUUAUCUUCAUGGUCGGUGGUGUAACAGUAUCUGAAGUCCGAAUGAUAAAGGAUCUUGUAGCGGCGCACAAGCCUGGAGUAGAGGUCAUUGUUCUCUCUACAACGCUCCUGACACCACAGAACAUUCUAGAACGGCUUUUUGCAACGGACCGUCUCAAGCCGGACAUCGGUAUCUGAAGUUGCCCAAAUGGGCAUUUGGACCAACCUGUGGGAAACGCACCAAACUCUUCCCUUCUGCCUUUCAAGGAACAUCCCUUUAAAGCAGAGAUGCUCUGAAAUGGCCUGUAAUGUGAGAAAUUUCCAGCUGGGUAAAAGGGAUGAGCUCAGUGUUUGUGAAGAAAAAGCACCCGGCUUAGUCAUUGCUUCAAAGCCAUUUUUGAGAGCUCUCAGGCUGAUCUUCCUGUCCUUGUAGAAAUGUUGUGCUUAGCUGAAAAAAUCCUUUCUCUCCAUCUUAUUAGCAGCGAUGAUUGCUGCAGGGCAUUAAUUGGGUCAGGCAGAGCCUGUAAAGAUUCAAAAGAACAUUGUAAAACCAGGAAAGGGAGCAAGCCAGGCCUUCAUUUUCAGACAAAGCUUUUGCUACAUUCAUUUCGAGCACCAUUGUUCACACAUUUUCUUUAGCAAGGUAGAUAAAAGAUGCCACUACAAAAAAAUAAUAAUAAUAAAAGACAUGGGAAAUGCGCAAGUGGCAAAUUUGAUCGGAAAUAUCUUUAUGAUCUCUGAGGUAAUGUACCCUUCUUGACAGAUAGUUAUGGACAGGGGUGUGAUUGAAAAAUGUUAGCCACCGAUUCUCUUCAGGAGGCCCAUUUUUUGCCCUCCCAGAGCCUCCAUGUGGGC